GGAUGACGUCGCUUCCGGCGCAUCAUCUGAGCGUCACGCUCCGCCACUUUUGCAGCGUCCAAGCAAACUUGUCCUCUUUUUGCCUUUAGCCGCCCCCUCAUCUUCAUUUUCUUUUUUAAUUUCUGAUUCUCUCUUCAACAUCAUCAUCAACACAAAACAACAAACACAAUUGCCGUCCCUUCGCCCGCUCGCCUCGCCUGUAACAGAUCGCCGCUGCACUAAGCCACACCACCAUCAGCAUCCUCACACACGGCGUGUUUCUUGUCUCCCCGGUCUGCUCAGCGCUGCGCCGCGGAAUUGAAUUUGCUUCAUCCUGAGCUCUGUUUGCUACUCUAGCUUGCGCAAUUCGGGUUUUUCUCUUAAACGAGCCUCUGCGACAUGACCACGGUGUAAACCGCAUCCCACCUCCAAGCUCGACACCUACACAGCCUCACCUCACCUUUCUCUACGACACCUCUCGGCAACUUCUACAUCUACUUUCUAUACAACAGCCUCUACAACAAUCGCCUCUACCACGCUUCUCAAAAUGCCCAAACCAAUCAUCUUCACCACCAGCGUGCCCCUCCCGCCAGGCCUCUCCCCCGCCGACCUACUUCCCAUCCUCCACAACCACGACUUCAUCACCGAGCUUAACCCCCUCGUCGCGGAAUACCACACCAUCGAUCCCGUCCCCGACCUGAUCGCCAAACACAAGGCCUUCACAGACCCCAAGCACCCCUCCGACCACAACCACGUCGACGACGACGGCUCUAGGAGCGUCUGGCGCCUCGUCACCGAUAAGAUUCCCUACUUUUCAUCCGGCAACAAGGACGACACUCCUCACUACAUGCACGGGCAACAACCGGAUAAGAAGUCCUCCUCGCUAGGCACAUACAACGUCUCCUACACAGCCUCCUACAUUGACCUGCACAACGGCGUCCAGACAAUCUGCCAUGCGCCCCUCGGAAUCCUCGUCCGCAGCAGAUGGACUAUUGACCAGCACCUCAGCGGCGCAUCUUAUCUACGUGAAGACGUCGACUUGCGCUGUAGUUCGCUAGUGGCGCCCUUUGUCAAGCGCACCAUGCAAAAGUCCCAUAUCGAGCUGGUCGACCGGCUACUGGCUCGCGCGCAGGCCCUCGUCGAGAAGAAGCGCCAGCAAGAUUCUUCUUUAACGAAUGGUGGUGGUCCUGAGACAAAGUAUCCGCCGCAAAAAGAUCCCUUUGCCGUACCGACUCUUCCAGUAUAGACUCCCCCUCUGGAAGCGGUGCCUGGCCUGGUGGAACCACAACUUAGAUACUCUGUCCGACAUCUCCACCAACCGCCUCUCACACCGCCAAAAAAAAAUAUAGAACAAAAACAUACAACAGCCGGUGUUCGCUGGUCGUCACCGACCCAACUACUAAUCUGCCGAUUACAGGCUUGUCUAUGGGAGAGCGGACGGGAUCCCGAAUUUUC